UGUGGUAUUUAGCAAAUGAUUGCUUUCUAAUCUACCUUAAUGAGAAGCUGCUGGUGAGAAUUCUGCAAGUAGUGUGAGGAGUGUUCCAUAAAGGCACCUUAAGCUUAGAUAACAGCAUGAAUAGCUUUUAAACUCUUGUCUUAGUACAAAAGGUUUAUCCCAGUGUAAUGAAGUAAGUGCAGGUGGAAUUGCUUCUGCACUGAAAGGCUGUCCAUUUGAAAUUAAUUGGUGUUACUUGGUGUUUGGUAUUCUUCAAAAGUGUGUGAAGAAAACUGUUUAAGUCUUGGAGCAAACCCGUGCUUUAAACUGUGUGGGAGCUGUAUAGGGAAUGCAGUGCAGGCGAGCUCAAGAGGAGUGUCUUACAGCCACCAGCACAGUGACAGGCUUGAGGAGGAGGGUGGAGUUUGGGUGUUUUUACUGCCAAUCUUCUGUCCCUUAAGAGUGAAGUCAUCUAUUUAGAUUUUUUUUCAGGUUUACAGUCACCUGCAUAUUUGCAUCAGCUGGUUCAUUCCAUGCUGAUGGUAACCACUGCAUUCUCCUGACUGCUGAGGGUCCCUGGGGAAACUCCUUGGGCUUUGUCUUAAUGUCCCAAAACACAUGCAUAGAGAGCUACGCACGCAUUCACUGUUAUUAUUGAUCCAAAUGUGAUCUUCUCUCUGAGCAAAUACUUAAAACUCACUGUUGCAGUCAGCAGGUUGGUACCCAGGAGUAUCCAUACCUUGUAUGCUGAGAGCAUCAUCAGCUUGGUGAGAGGCUUGGCGAAACUUUGUGUUUCCAAACAGUGCUUUAUCAGGAAGGACGAACAGAAAGAGGGAGAGCUGGGAGGGCACUCACUGGGGCAACUUCUUCACAUUGCUGAAGAACAACAGCUGAGAGGUGCUGGUGCUGAAUGUCUCAAACAAGGAGAGUCUGGCCCUUAAGUGGAACUAGGUUGCUACCUUUAGAAAUUUUAUUUAAAUUUUCUGUGUGAGGGAAGCAGGAAAAUGUCAGUCAAAGAGGCUUAAAAUGAGAUCAUUAGAGUUUAAUUUGUAGUACUGCAGUUUUACAGAAAGAUCAAUUAUUUUUUCUUUAUUAAUUUGCUUGUGUAGUGUAGCUUUAAGCAUUAAGCUUAAGUCAGGAGAAGAAAAAUUUGGAUUUGUCAUGAAAGGAAAGCUGAUCCUACAGAACAAGCCAACACAGCCAAGAGCUUCAACUGGUUUGGACUUUUAUGUCAGCAGAAUGGUUUAUCAUGUUCCAUUAUUGGGGAUUCCUCGUUGCUGGUGAUGGGUGAACCUGAAAAAAUACAGCUUUACUUGCACAUCACAGGCUCCUCCUUAGCCCAUUGUGCUGAAGACCAGCGGUUCUUCCUGAUCAGGAGUCUCUGUUAACAAUUCACGUUGGCUGGAGAAUGGAAGGCGUUGAGUUUAAGGAAGAGUGGCAAGAUGAAGAUUUUCCAAGGCCCCUGCCAGAGGAUGAUCCUGUUGAGUCUGAUACAUUGGCUGCAACUGGAACAGAAAGUGAAGCCAAUACAGAGGGUAAUGGAACCAAAUUGAGGAAGAAACUAAUGGCUCCAGAUAUUAGCUUAACUUUGGAUCCCAGUGAGGAAUCUGUUUUGUCUGAUGACUUGGAUGAGAGUGGAGAGAUCGAUUUGGAUGAUUUAGAUACUCCUUCAGAAAAUAGCAAUGAAUUUGAAUGGGAAGAUGAUCUUCCAAAACCAAAAACUACUGAUGUCAUUAGGAAAGGAUCACUGGCUGAAUACACUGUGGCAGAGGAGAAGGAUGAUGGUCGACGCUGGCGAAUGUUUAGGAUCGGAGAACAGGACCAUAGGGUGGACAUGAAGGCAAUUGAACCAUACAAAAAAGUUAUCAGUCAUGGUGGGUAUUACGGCGAUGGGUUAAAUGCCAUUGUUGUGUUUGCUGUUUGCUUCAUGCCUGAGAGCAGCCAGCCUAACUACAGAUACCUAAUGGACAAUCUAUUUAAGUACGUAAUUGGCACUUUAGAGCUGUUAGUAGCAGAGAACUAUAUGAUAGUUUACCUGAAUGGUGCAACAACACGGAGAAAAAUGCCAAGUUUAGGCUGGCUUAGGAAAUGUUACCAGCAAAUUGAUAGACGGUUAAGGAAAAAUCUGAAAUCAUUGAUCAUAGUUCAUCCUUCCUGGUUCAUCAGAACACUCCUGGCCAUCACAAAACCUUUUAUUAGCUCAAAAUUCAGCCAAAAAAUUAGGUAUGUCUUUACCCUGGCAGAACUAGCUGAACUCAUCCCCAUGGAAUACGUUGGCAUCCCAGAAUGCAUAAAACAGUAUGAAGAAGAAAAGUUUAGAAAGAAACAGAAAAGAGUUGACCAAGAGCUGAAUGGAAAACAAGAGCAGAAAAGUGAACAGUAGGUUUGGAGUCCAAACAAGACUGAAGAAUAUGCAGAUGGAAUGAUGCCAUUUGUGCUCCAUUACAGUGCAUUCUCUGUGUGUAUGUAUUAUAUAAUCUUUUGCAAAAGGUGCUUGGACUAGCACACAAUGAACUGCUUACUGCUGUAUUGCCUUGUCUUGACUUUAAUUGCUGUUUAUGUAAUCAUUUUAUACUGCUAAAUGGCAAAGAACUCUAUGUUUUCAGAGGAUGUUCUUGCAACUGUUUAUCUAAAUGAUGCAUGUUCUUCAGUAAAAUAUUUAUAUACCUAAAUGUUAAAGGAAAGAGAUAAUAUAUAUAUAUUUUUAUGACUGAGCAAUAUAUUGUGUGUACCUGCUGAAGGAAUUCAUUUGCAGGUAGACAAGGCCGUAAGUUACUUGUUGUUAUUGUAUAAAUCUGUUUUGCUGUAAAUGGUCAAGUGCAUUUCUUCAUUGUUGUGAAAACUUGUUUGGAUAUUAACAAUCACAUUAACUUAGCUUUCACAAAUGUAGAGAUCCUUAUUUUUGUUCACCAACCUUAUACAAGCUCACUCCUUUACCUCACUAGAGUGAGCUUCAUCUUUGGUGUCUUUCAGUCCAUCAUUCAGGAUGCAGAACUGCAGUUCUGUGGGUGGCGGUUUGUUGGCCACAAGGUUUAAGCCUAAACCACAAAAGCUGAAAUGUCUGCCUGGUAAGAUACCGGACCUUUUUCAGUUGAAGUUGUGAAUUUAGAUUCUGCUUCAGUACGUCAAGGCUGGCUCAGCUAGCAGUAGGAAAUGAGUUCAUUGCAGUUCUUCAUGGAUGAAUCUUGGUUGUCACUAGCAGGAACUCUGGUCGUGCUCAGUAGAACUUGGGAGUUACACAGGUAUUCUAGCCACAAUACCUUUUUUUGGGCAGAAAUGUGAGAAGUCUUACACUACCUGUGUCAUUCUUGCAGAUGAAACAUCCAUUUCUAAAGCUGUUAGGCACAUGAUACCAGUACUGAUUUAACUUUUAGGAAGUGUUUGAAAGGUUGGGGUGUUUUCGCUCCCUGCAAUGGUGGUAAACCUGUGUCUGUAAGAGGUGUUCUUGGACACAUAACUAGUGUUUAUAGGUUUACUGGGACAACAGUAAUGCACUGGUUGAUAUGUUGUAAAAGUUUGUAACAUCUUUUGAUAAACAUUGCAACUUCCAUGUAAGGGCAGGUGUAUGCAAAUAAAUUCAUUCAGAGGUUGAGCAAUAUAAUGUUGUAGAAAGUAUAUUAAAUCUUUACUUUUGACGUUCGUUGUGCUCACAAUUUUGUCUUCAUGCCAAAAAAUAUCACUUCUUAACUAUAGUUAAUGUUACUCAGUUACCUUAUUUAAAAAAAAGUUACAUUCAGAUUACUACCUGACACUGAUAAAUAGCAGUUGUGAGAUAUUCCAUGGUCAAGACUUACCAAGUAACAAUUAAUCUACUGUCUCCCGUGAUACCUGUAUAGACUCUGAGAGCAUAUGGAUGUUAGGUGAGGGAAAAUUGCUCAUGUCUCUGGAAGUUUAAGUCUGCAGUUCAGAUAUUUUCAUCUCAAGAUCUAAGUCCUUUUGUUGCAGUAGUUUCUGUAUAAGAGUUUCAAGGAGAUUGAUGUGCAGGAUGUGUUCACACAACAGGCAAUACUAAUGCCAAGUUGCCUUGCAUUCAUUCCAUCAGGUUUGGAUCUUGCUCUGGAAAGCAGAACACAAUUGCACUUUCUUUGGGGCUGUCUUAUCUCCUGGUUCAAUUUUGAUGCUGAAUCAGAUUAAUGUAAAGUUCAAGUCAGUACAUGGGGCACUUGCAGCCUGUUUAUUUUUGGUACUUUCACAGUAUGGUCUGUAUGACCAUGCAAACCUGAGUUUUACUGGGUUUGCAUGUUUCCUAAGCUAAACAGGAAGCAUUCUGAUUAUCUCAUUUCCAUUUUUUCCUAACUGAUAAAAGGAUUAUUCUCAGUAAAAUUAUAUUCUUAGUGGAGGGAUUGUAGUUCUCUGUCCUGUUGCUUCCUAUGUGUAUAGUGCAGUACAGAGUAGCCAUUCCUCAGUAUAUGCCAUAUUUACCAAAGGAUGGGAUUGUUAUUGUGUUUCCUGGUGGUCAAGGAUUCUACAGUUUCAUGCUGCAGUAGUAUGAUUUCUUUUGGAAAUAUGUAUGUGGGUAUGAAUGGUUUAUUUCUCUAGUAUAAGUUGUUGUGAAUGAGUACGCGGCACAACAGAUACGCAGCUUGAGAAAGAAGUGUGCUAAAGAAUUUUUCCCCUCUGACUUCUUGCAGCUCAUCAUUUAGUGGUGAGGUGGAUGUUUACAAAAAGCAAAGUGGUCCCAAAGCUAUGGGUAAUGUUUUGUCAAACUUAUCUUUUUUGAAAUCUAUAAUAUAAUGUAAUAUAUUUUAAUAUUUAAAAACAUGAAAAGUUGGAAUGUCGUACUUUAAUAAAAAUUAUUUCAAAACUUGAAUCACUUUGUGAUAAGAUAUAAAGAAUUCACCUUUCAAUGACACUUCCUUCUAAAAUUAGGAGUCAUUUUGUUAGAAUUUGGUGAGCCCUGUCAAGAAAAGAUUUCAUGAGUCUCUAAUUUAACUCUGAUUUAGAGGUCUUGUUAGUUUAUAUAUAUUUAUAUGUGUAGUGAUAAGUCAUUACCUAUCUCAUUAUUCCUGUGCACAACUGAAAUAGAGAUGUUUGGGCCAGUGGCCUCUCGAUGUGGCAUUUCGUAAACUGAUUUCUGCAACAGGGCAAAUUCAGAAGGGGCAAAGAGGUUCUGCAAUAAGCAUCAUUGAAAACUGAUGUGAGUAGAUUCUGGAUUUGCUUGAAUGUUCUUGGUCUGUGUUAUAUGGCAGGGCCAUGUUCUGUUGGAAGGUAAUGGGAAGGGAUGUGUAAGGAUUUAGUGCUGAAACAGCUUGAAGUCUUUGAGGUUUUGGGAUGUUGAAGAACUUUUAUUCCAAGAAGCAUAGAACUAGUUAGGAUAAUAUGUAGCCUUGUUCAUAACAAUGUAGUCUGGCUUAUUUUUUCCUUAACUCAGUAAACAAGUGAAGAACAGUCCCAGUUGCUGUGAGGAACGUUGUACUGAGACAGUAGCUACACUCCUAAUUGCCCUCAACUAGGAUGUGAUAGCCUGUAUCUGUUAGCAUGUGUCAGCAACUUUGUUGCAUCAUACCUGUAAGCACUCUAAUGACAGUUUAAAACUUUCAGCAGUCAAUUGUGUCACAAGACGAAGUUUUUUGGUGAAAAGUGUAUUUCAUUGUGUCAGAUUUUUGUCAGUGUAUCCUACAGAUUUAUACAGUAUUUACUAUGUAGAAGGUUGGUUUUAAAUUCAUGUCUUCUCAAAAGCUAUUGUCUUUGGAGAUUAAUUCUCAAGUCAUUCCAGUCUCCCUCAGAUAAACCUCAUAUGAGGAACAGAGAGGAGAGGGAUAACCACUUGCAUGCUUUUUGUAACCACAGAAGUCUUACAAAUAUUGCAGUGAAAAUUCUUACUUAGUCCUUGUGGAUGCAGGUCAUUCUCUAGAGGAUUUGUUUCACUGACUGCUUGUCAGAGACACUUGAAAAAAGUGCUGUAAUUAUACUUUUCAAGGACACCUGGUUUUAGUCAGAGUAGUACUCUGAAAUGUAAGGAAUAUUUAAAUAUUCAUAUUCUGAAAGACAUAUCUUGCAGCUUUCCUAGCUUCAAAAUUCUAAGUUGAACUACAGUUUCUUGUAUCACAUCUCAUUACCUACAUUAAACUAACAGGAAAAAAGGGCAUUUGUGAAGAGGGUGCAGUCAUGUUAGUUUUUCAUCAUUCCCUUCAAGCAUGAUUGAGAUCAGUGAAAUUAAAGCCAUUCUUUGCUUAACUAGAUUUUUUUUCAGUUUUGCAGUUUGAACUGCCCAGAUUACUCUGAUUUAAAUGAACUUUUUUUUUUUUUUUUUAGUAUUGAAAAUUAUUUGAAGAGAAGCUAUCAGAGUGUUUUCCCAAAGUCCUUAUUUCUAACUCUACUUAGAGUUCCUUACUCUAGCUUGUUCAACUGCUAGUUAAUAUUUAUAACAUGGAAUUCCAGGUUAAUAAUUACAAAUAAAUAUUCAUGAAGGACAGAUGUUUAGUCUACCAGUGGCUCUGCAGUUCUGCAAUGUUUCUUAGUCAUCUACCAAAACCUUUUUAUUAACAAGAAAGGCCUGAGCAGUAAGGUGCUCUAAUGGUUGAAUGGUAGAUUGAAGGGUUAAGGUAGAACGAUUACAUUGUCAAUUAGUGUCUGUAAACUUUAUUAUGUGCUAAUGGGAAACGUGCAGUGUUUAACAAAAUGAAGCUGCAGUAAUCAUGCAAAAGCACAGGUUGUGAGUCAUGGAUAAUGACUCAACUGGCUUAAUUGGUCUAGUAACACUCUUCACAGGUGUGACUAUUUUCCUUUGUCUCUUUAAUAGAAAAAAUAUAAGUAGAAGACUCUUCACCUACCUCUUAACAAUAUUAUGAUCCUUUCUUUUUAAACGAGCUUGUUUUCUGUGUUCCAAGGCGUCACGGGGUAAUGUGAUAAACACGUGUGUGAAUGGGGUAGCGGUUAUUACUCACGGGGUCUUUCUUAAUUAGGAGAGACGCCGCUGUAUCCAAUAAACAAACGCCUUUGUCCGA